AUAAGAAUAUAAAAGAAUGGGUUAUGACAAUAAAAAACACCCCUUUUCAAAUUUGAAUUUUUUGACAGUCUUGAUUAAAAUGAAUGUUUUUAUGAAUCCUCUUACAGCUUUUGGAUGUUGUGGAGAUACAGAAAUGUUCGAUUCGAGUUCUAAAAUAUGCUGUGAAUAUGGCGGGAAAUUUAAAAUUGCUCCAUCGCAGAACAGAGAUUGUUGUCAUGAAAAGGAUUACGAUUUUACAAAGGAGCAGUGUUUAGAUGGCCGUGUUAUUGGCGUUGAUCAGCACAUUUGCGGCACAGAGACGUAUAACACAUCACAGAAGACCUGCUGUGACGAUACAUUACACGACACUCCUCCCUACCCAUCGGACUGUUGUGGGAGUCAUUUGUAUAAUAAAAUUGACCAGAAGUGUUGUAGAGGGCCAAGGAUUCCUGUUCCGAGUAAUCAGGAGUGUUGUGGCAAAGGUCAUAUAAAUCCAGAUACUCAUAUGUGUUGCAAUAAUGUUGGUCACUCAAAGGUUCAGAACACAAAUUGUUGUGGAAUAGACAGAAUCAAUGAACUGGUGGAGGGGUGCUGUGGAGCGAAAUCGUACAAUCUGUCUACCCAAAGGUGGGAUGAAGACAUUAUAAAUCUGAGACAGGCUGAUCAUUCUUACCCCGAUAAUGAAGAUAAGAAAGAUGUAUUAGGAGAAAAGUCAUCUCCUCGCUUUAGUCUUUGCCGAGCUUGUGCACGGAACUACAGAUUGUUUUCAAAGCGCAUCAAGUCUGGAAAGGAAGAUGUCUGCAAGAAACACACAUUCAAGACAGUAUUGCGGUCAGUGUCGCGUGUGGGAAGAUUUUGGACUAUGCAGGUCCGACUUACAAAGAACAGGAGGAUAAUAAAUGAUGUUCAGUUAAUUAUUCCUUGCAAGUGUUCACAACUUAAUGUAACAGCGGGUUCUGAGUUCUUGCUACUAACUGACAGUGAAGUGGCAUUGAAUACGCUACGUUUGGGAGACAGUGACCUGUUUCUACCUUUCCAUUACAGUCUUGCGAAAACCGUAGAGGAGAAGCAACGAAAAUGUUGGACAUCUGAUUUCACGUUCUUUGUCAGGGAGAUUAAAAGAAGAGCUAGAAAAUUUGUUAAUACUUUUAUAAACAAACUUGUACAUGCAUGAUACUAGUAGUUUUGAUAAUUUAAAGGUUGUAUCAGGUUAUUAGGUGUACAGAGUCAUUUUUUAAUGAAGGAAAAACUAUUUGUUCGAGAAGAAAUUAAGAUGGUUAUUUCUAUCUGAUUACUUCCUAUUUUAUGUAUUCAACAGGAAAGUGUACACUGUAUUUGCUGAAGAGAUACCCGGUUGUGUUAUCUACAUCUAAUAUGCGUUGAUGUACAUGUCAU